UGGAACAAAAUGCACCAUGGAAUGGAUGAGGUUUUGUUAGAGUGCAACCAUUGCUAAUCAGUUGCCUCCCCUUGGACUGGACAUGGACGUCCAGUCUUCGGUCGGUCCAUCGUCUGCCAGUCCACAUGACCUUCAGCACAAGGCCAUGAGUUUAUCCUUCAGCUCUGGAAAUCACGGAGACUCAGGUCCAGGGAUAAACAUCCCAAGUAGUGUCAACGGAAAUCUCACCAAUGGAGCUGACCAUGGGUCAAUGGUUAGCUCAAGUGGUGUGGGGUCCCUUCCAAUGUCACUGGUCAAGAAUUCGGCGAAAGCUCCCACGUGUAAAGUGUGCGGUGACGAAUCGUCGGGGUUUCAUUAUGGGGUAGACUCUUGUGAGGGAUGUAAGGGAUUUUUCCGACGUUGUAUCACACAGGGAAUGACACACAAAUGUUCUAAUGAGGAGAAAUGUGAAAUCACGCCCUUCACUCGAAACAGCUGUCAGUACUGUCGUCUCAAAAAGUGCUUCGCUGUCGGAAUGUCCCGAGAAGCCUCAAGACUUGGCAGGAGGCCAAAGAGGUUAAAGGACCCCUCCAGUGAUGCACGGGGUCACGGGGGUAACCUCCCCAUAGCCCCAUACCCCACCUCUCCCCAGGAACUACAGAAGUUACGCAUGGCUGAACUUCAGAAAGUCUUACAACAGAAUGGCACGUUCAAAGCAGAACUAAUGCAGGCUUUUCUGCAGGCAGCUCAGGUCAGCUUUCGCGAACACCAGCGCAACCCAAGCAACAGCCAACAGCAACCUCAGCAGCCGUCACAACGGCAAUCUCAGCACCAGCCGCCUCAUCAGAUGACCUCGCAAAUGAGCACGGGGGAGAUGAACGGGAAUGGCCAUGAAUCAGGAUACUCGAGCUUCAGUAGUCCGGUCAGUAGCAAAAGUCAGUCCCCGAUCACCAACGACAACAUGGGUGAAAAGUAUAACGGUAAUCAGCAGAUGAGCCUGGGGAGUACUGACAUGGUCCUAGAGGAGAUCGACAGCCUCACUAUGAACAUUAAACCCGAGCCCGGGAGUAAUUACUCUAACUGUAGUAGUCUGGAGAACAGUGGUGAUAUCCUCGCUCAGAUGGAUCUUAAAGUGUUGAACCAUUUAAAUGAAAAAAUGUUCAUGGAUCCCUCCACGCUUCUGUUUGAGAGUAGCUUCUCACCCCCCGAAGCCACGUGUAAACUUGAGCCAAAUAGUCCGAGUGUUAGUGAAGUUAUGUCUAUGGGUAGAAUGAAUCCUGACUUGAAUUUAUCAGAACAAAAUAGUCGUGCUGGGAGUUCGAACAGUGGGGGAAAAGAUCUUAAUCUGGAAAUUGAUGAAGAGGAGAUUGUGGAAACAGACGCAACAAAGUUACUGGAGGAGGUGCGACUUGGUCCUUCGGAUGUGAGACGUGCCCUGAUUGAGCAGGUCACAGAGAGUGUCGUGGAGGCUCAUUUCCAGACGUGCAAUCCCACAUAUCAAAAUGUCGCAGAAGCCAACGACAGAUUCGCAGAGAAAAUGGCCUCUGGUGAUAUGCCUGACUUCAGCAAACUGGUUAUCAACCCUAACUCAAUCUGGCAGCAGUUUGUCUCCCAGAUGGUGCCCGAGAUCACACUGGUCGUCAAAUUCUGUAAAAAGAUACCAGGUUUUGGGGAGAUUGACCAGGAUGACCAGAUUAAUCUAAUUAAGCAGGGGUCAUUUGAGGUCAUGCUGUGUCGAUUCUGUAACCUUGUGGACUACAAGAAGGGCACAAUGUUUGAUCCCGAAAUGAAAAUCAAGUGUCCAAGGGAAAUGGUGAAGAUGCUGCCUAUGGGAGAAUUCAUGGAUGAGUUCUUCAACGUAGCGGAAAUGUUUAAUCCUCUGAAGCUGACAGACGGGGAAAUUGGGCUCUUUACCUCCACACUCAUUAUCUGUCCAGAGAGGAAGGGCAUUAAGAAUGUGCGAGCUGUUAAGAAGCUCCAGUCACUGUUAUUCCAGUGUCUAUAUGCCCUCAUCAAGAAAAAUCACUUUGAUUAUGACAAUGUUUUUAUAAAGGCCAUUGGUACAAUGAAGACAUUUAAAGUGGUUAAUCUAAAGCAUCGAAUUGCUCUAAAUAGCAUGCAGAUGCAGGCCCCCUCCAAGGACAUGUUUCCUCCGCUUCACCAAGAGGUGUUUGAACAUGGUGAUUGUAGUACAGAAGAGAGCAAAAAGUCAUGAGGUGCCUGACUUAAGUUAGAAAUAUCAUUCUAUUAAAGACUUGUAUAUACAGGGCUAAACUGAUCAUGCACACAAACUAGAGAGUGGAGAGCAAGGAAAUAAACAUUUGAAAGAUCUCAAUCAGUGUCACCCAGGAGUUUGGAGAAGCUGACUUUCCUUAGACACUGCUGUCACAGCCUUAAAGGAAACUGUCAUUCUCUGAGGUGACACGGAAUCAGCUGCCCUGAGUCAUCCCUGCCACUGCUGUGUUGUGGAUUCAAAAAUAAACAAUUCGUUGCGUCUAUGAAUAGAUCCCUGUUUAGGCCAUGUGUUAGUGAAUGAUGUAUAUAUAUGUCCAACAGAAUUUGUCACUCCAAGUCACAACACAUGUAGUGAUGUGUAGUAUAACUGUUCUCAUUGUAGAAGGAGAGACAACUCCUGUUAAUCAUCAAUGCCAGCACAGCAUUGCUGUAUUGUUGUUUAUAAUGGCGAUUUACUGAUGCUACUCUAUUUUUGUGUUAGUCAUUGUUUAACUGUUAAAGACUAAUGUAAUGAUUUAGUUCCUUCAUGAAUGUAAUGUUAGACAAAAGGGGAGGAUCAAAGAUUCUGUGCCCUGCUGUAUAGACAGGAGGGGUGGAUCAAAGAUUGUGUGCCCUGCUGUUUUGACAUGAGGGGUGGAUCAAAGAUCCUGUGCCCUGCUGCAUUGGUUUAGGGUAUAAUCCUUUACUCCUGAUGUAGAUGGUUUUAUUUUCAAGGUCACCAGGGCACAUAAAAAAGCUUCUGCUUUUUGUUUGAGAACACAAUUUUUUCAGAAGUCGUUUUAUUGGUUUUGUGAUACAAUGUGUUUUUUUUUUUGUCUUCGGUUUUCGAAGAUUUUAUGAACAUUUAUCUCAUAAUCAUGCAUUGAUUAUUUCAUUUGUAGAUAUUUUAACAGAUUUGUAAAUAUAUGUCAUUUUGUAAAUAGUUUGUAUAGAUAAAGCUAUAUAUAGACUGUUAGUCAUAUUUACUUCACUGCAGAAGGGACACCCAAGAUUUUAAUUAUUUGGUAACUCAACAUUUAUUCUUAAAACUUUAAAUUUGAAGAUUUCUUCAAUCAUCUUAAAUGUCUCAUUUGGUUUCAUAUUUGCAGCUAAAUGACUGCUUUUACAUUAUUCUUGACUUGAGUAUUUGAGUUCGUGCUACAAGAGGUUUGAUAUUAUUACGUGAAGUCGUGUAUUGGACUUUAUUCCUGUAUACACUUGACAAAAAAUGACAUCUUUUUUGUUGGACAUACAUUAAUCGGGUAAAACAUUCAGUUUCUGUAAUCAGUUGAUAUUUCCACUCUUUAUGUUUACAAAUGCACAUGGUGUAUCCCUGAAUCAAGAAGUGCUACGCAUAGAUAAAUGUUCUAAAUAAAACAAGAUUAAAAAAAAAGUAAAACAAAUCUGUAGUCAUUCCACAAUGCCAGAAAAUAAUUAAUAGUGCUAGAUUAUUCUGGUUUUGAAACACAUUGGUGCCAAUAUUUUGAGUUCUCCAAUCUUCUUUUUUUUUUUUUUUUUUUUUUUGGUAAUAAUUCCAAAAAAGUGUCUAUUCAAUACAGAAGUGCUAAUUAAUUCUGUUUAUUUUUAAAAUUGUGACAUAAAUAUGAAAAAUUAAUUUUGCCUGAAAGAGGGAUGGGGGUUUGGUGUAUAACAAUAAGUUUUCAAUAUUCUAUUUUCUCAUUGUAUUGUCCACUUUUUAUUUUAAAUGUAUGAAAUAAGUAAUGGCUGAUUCAACAAUAAAAAAUAUUUUCCAAGGUAGAGAGGUCUUUUAGCUUUUGUGUUGGAUUACAAAUUUAUAGGUUGGCCCUUUAUAUGGCUAUUUAGAGACCAGCGGAGAACAUCAUUGGAUAAAUUUAAUUAAAACUGUAAACAAACACUCCAGGUAUCUCUUGUGAAAUAAUGUUUCUCUCAGGAAAUAGAAAAAAUUUAAAUCAUUUACAGAUGGAAAACUCUUCUCUCAUUCUCUUAAACAAUUUUUAUCUAAGACUGUUUUUAAUUAUGAAACUGUGAUAACGUUCUGUAUUAGACAUUGAGCCAUUUUGUAUUACUCGUGAACACACCGGAGAACUGAUGAUACACAAAUACAGACCUUAGGCUAACUCUUUAUGUUUUGUAAAUGAUGUCUAUUUUUGCGAGGAGAGUGUGUUUGUGCAAUAGGAGUAGAUGAAAUGUUUUUUUCUCAUUAAAAUCUUAAUAUUUUGUGAACAUGAUGUCUAUAGUCAGUCAGUUGUACAAAUCGACUACGAUCCCGUAACUAUGUUUUGUAUCCCCCCACCCCCUUUCUUUAAAGUGGUAGACUGAUCAUAAAUUUUUGAUUUAUUUUCAAAAGAUAGAGUACAAAAUCAAGAGUUAAGUAUUUACUUUGCUAGAAAAAGAUUUAUAUAUGUAAGAAUGACAACAGACUGCCUUAUGACUUUCUUCAGACCCGGUUUUGUACAGUUGCUCAAUAGAUUCUGAAAGAUAAUGUCUUGUCUGUGCUAUAUGUUUAUGUAUAUUGUGAUAAUUAUUAAUCAUUACUUAGUAUUUACUAAACUCUCUGAAGAAAGGAAUUUAACAAAUGUUACUCUUCUGUGAAAAAUAUUUAUUUAUAUCCAGUGUUUUAGUUAUAAUGAUAUAACGUUUUAUUUGCACGUGUAUGUUUAAAAAAAUGAAUAUUUUUCUAACAGUAAGUUGAUUUUCUUUACAAAUUUAUUGACAUUGGGAAACAUUUUUUUAUUGUAUUAUAAAUUUUUAAAAUUUUUUUUUUUAGAUUCUUUAUUUCUGAUGGUAAUGGGCUGCAGUUUUGAGAUUUUUCAGUGGGUUAAUACAAAACUGCUAAUACAAAACAUUAAGAAAUCCCAGUCGAUUUUUGCUGCUGAGAACACCUGAUAUCCUUAUAUUUUCAGACCCUGUGUAACGUAAUAUAUAUAUAACAUAAGAAAUACAUGUUACAGAGUAACUUACGUAUCCUUUGUCACAUGAUAACAUGUUGAUUUCAUCAUCACUAAUGAUUGUGUGAAGUGAUUUCUUGUACUGAGGCUGUCUUAUUGUCCAAUCAUGCGUAACCUGGUGGGCGAUUGUCCAAUCAUGUGUAACGUGGUGGACGGAGUCAAUGUUUGUCCUUCAUCAGCAGUGUGUAAAAGUUCACAUCAUCAAACAUUUAGGUGAUGUAGUUGUACAAAGACUUGAAGUCCUAACAGUAUUGUAAAACGAACACUGUAUAGCUUUUUUUUUUCCAAAUGUUAAAAAAAAUCUGUAAAAUUAUACCAAAAUAAAAUUGAGAUUUUGUAUGAAACUGUCUAUUUGAAAGAAGAUCAUGUGAUGUUUUGGAUAAAUUCUGUGUGCCGCAUUUCUAGUUUUAAGCCAUUAUAUUUUUUUUUAAAAAGAGUAACUAUCUCUUGCAUAAAGAAAUGUCUGUAAACCAGGUUAUGAUGGUUGGACACUAUCUUCAGUAGAUUUUCUAUGUUGCUGUGUCUUAUAAUUUUACUGUCCCACGGGCCGGUGAACAGUACACAUACAUGUAUGCUUUUUAUUAAAGAAAAACAUUGUAUCAUGGGUUUAUUUCUGUUAGUGAUGUCUUGAAAUGAAAUCAUUUAAAUAAUUUUAAAAAUUUG